UCUUUGCCUCCAAGUGUGUCCACCUUUCUCUUCUUUCCAGCUCUCUUCCUGUCCCUCACACCCUCGCCUGUUUGCUUUCUUUUGGUUUUUCCCUCCCCCUUGCCUGUUACGGAGCCGCAUGCAGUUUGGGGUGGAGGGGUGGAGGGGGGAGCUGGCUGGCUCGAUCGGAUGAAUAGGAGAUGGGAGAACUGCGCGGGCAGGAAGGAUGUGCUCGUUGCUGCAGCUUCUGAUUCAAUUAGCAUGAAUUUCACAGCGAAGGCAGCAGCGUCAGACCGUCUCAGCGAGCCAGCAGCAGCAGGACUCUGUGUUGGAUCUUCAUCGGAGGGACCAGCGGCUGGUUCCCAUCCCGUUCUCACUGUGGAAAGCAGCCUUUGAAGAGGCAGAGGAACGGAUUCUCAAAGGGGAGAAGCACGAGCAGGACGGCGCAUGUUCACCAAUCUUAAUAUGGGAAGAUUGUUCGGAUGGACUGAGCAUCAAGCACUCUAGUGCUCUGGUUAUGGUUUAAUCCUGUUAAGCUGCCUCCUUGGUACUGCUCUGCGUUUUAUGACCCGUAUUGAUUUAUUCUGUCAGAACAGAGGAGAAGGAAUUCAGCACAGCGCUACUUGGAAAUAACCAACCCUCUUCUCCCUUUCUCAACGUUGCUCUUUCUCCCUGAAGUCUGUUAUUCUCUUCUUUGAUGUGUUGUUUUUCCUCUCUUUACCGCCUGAGAGGGGUUCAGACCUUCUUCAGACGUCCGAAGCCCCAAAACCGGAUCUGACUGCUCCUACAUCGCGGGCUCUGCUGUUCACUCGCCUCUCCUUUUUGCUCCCUGGUUUUUUAUUUUUAUUUUCCACGCUCUGUUUAAGUUGUGUGGGAAAGGCUCAGAGAGAUGGCAGGAGUGUUCUACGGCAUGAUGGAAGCUUGGAUUAAGGGUGGAGGAACCCUCUGAAGAUCUCCCCAAGGCAAAGGGAAUCCAGAGCAACAACUGACUCAAGGAGCAGCUCGUGAGAUAUUUGUCUGGGAGCUGAGAUGGAGUCUCCUGACUGAUAAGAGAACGCUGCUGAGCUGUGAUCAGAAGUUUUAUAGCACAGAGAAAGUUCUGAUUUAACCCUAGUGCUCGGGCACGACCUGGUUCUUAAGGAUCAAGAAGCUUUUGGAUAUCACCGUCUGACUGCUGGAGGUUUUGGGGUCUUUGAUUUCAGGAGGGAUCUUGCUUUUUUAUCUUUUUUUUCUUCACUGAUCUUGUUUCCGGUGGUUUUUUUGGGAUUUUUAAUCAAGGAUCUGUUUUUCUUCUGGCUUGUUUUAUUCUUCUGAUUUUUUCCUCCCCGGGCUGGAAAGCUGGGGAUCAUGGGUCCUGGAUUCAUUUGAGAUGUUCACUUCCUGUUUGUGUCGCAUUAGGGGGAGGGGCCUUCCAUUCUUUUCAGGCCCCGCCCCCACGGAGCAGGAGGUGGAAGUGGAGGUGGAUGAAGGUUUGUUAUUGGUGUCCAGGCCGGUGACGGCAUCACCAGUGGUGUGGGCCAGCCCAGCCUUCCUGUUCAGGCUGGUGCUCUCGUUGGCACUGUUGGUGUUCCCUUGCCCCGCCGUGGCCGCGCGGGUCUCCUCCUCCCUCAGCACCACCCACCACGUCCACCACUUCCACAACAAGCAUGGCACGGUGCCCAUUGCCAUCAACAGAAUGCCCUUUCUUACACGUGGGGGUCAUGCUGGGACCACCUACAUCUUCGGGCGGGGCGGAGCCCUCAUCACAUACACCUGGCCACCCAAUGACCGGCCGAGCACGCGGGCAGACCGGCUGGCGGUGGGCUUCAGCACACAGCUGAAGGAAGCCAUUCUGGUCAGAGUGGAGAGUGCCAAGGGACUGGGAGACUACCUGGAGCUGCACAUAGAACGAGGAAAGGUCGGCGUGAUCUUCAACGUGGGAACGGACGACAUAACCAUCGAGGAGAGCGCGGUGUCGGUGAGCGACGGCAAAUACCACGUGGUGCGAUUCACACGCAGUGGUGGCAACGCCACGCUACAGGUGGACAACCAGCCUGUUAUCGAACGGUUCCCCUCAGGGAACAUUGAUAAUGAGCGCCUGGCACUUGCUAGACAAAGAAUCCCAUUUCGAUAUGGUCGGGUAGUUGACGAGUGGCUAUACGAAAAAGGCCGCCAGUUGACCAUCUUCAACAGCCAGGCGUUCAUCAAAAUUGGUGGUGGAGAGAAGGGGCGCCACUUCCAGGGCCAGAUCUCAGGCCUGUACUACAACGGUCUGCAGGUACUCAAACUGGCUUCUGAUGGUGACCCCAACAUCCAGAUCCAGGGAAACCUAAGGCUAGUGGGUGACGUGCCCUCAGUGCUCACCACUGACACCACCUCCACCACCCCUCUGGCUGAUAUGUCCACCACCAUCAUGGAGACAACCACCACCAUGGCCACAACCACCACUCGCAAACAGCGCUCAACCACCACGAGGGACAGCAUCUCACAGAAUGCAGAUGACCUCUUGGUAGCUUCAGCAGAAUGUCCAAGUGAUGACGAAGACUUGGAGGAGUGUGAGCCUGGAAAUGGAGGUGAAUUAGUGUUGCCCAUAAUUACGGUGGACUCCCUAGAUCCCCCAUCUAUCGCAACCCACUACCCAGUUCUCCCCCCACCCCCCACCACCUUCCAUCCCUUCCUCACUCUGCUUGAAACCACCAAAGAAGCCGUCCCCUUACCUAAUGGCCGCCCCCCCUGCCCCUUGGACCAAGAGGAGUGUGAUGAGACAAUUGAAGUGUCGGCCUUUGGCUCGGGGGAGAUGACCGAGACGGAUGAUGAAGACUAUUAUAAAAACUCCCCCCUGGUCACUGACAGAACUGUACUCCCUCCUCCCCCAGCAGUCGAGGGCAAUGUUCAGAACCCCCAAGAUCGUCAUUUCUCACAGUACCCCAUCUCCCAUCGACCACCCUUCUCCUCCACCCCCACUGCCAACCCCGACCCGCUCAACCCACGCAUCAAGCCAGCUGCUGGCGGCAGCAGCAGUAGUAGCAACAAUAUCCCCGCAGGGAAAAUGAACAACCGGGACCGUGUGCUGCUGCCGCCGGCCCCCCCUUCCUUAGAUCCAGGCCAUCACAGAAACCCAGGAAUAACUUAUCCACCAAAUUUUCCACAUGUUCCCACUCCAGAUCCCACAUCCCCAGAGAGAGGACUCCCGGGGGCUGUUGAAGUGCAGCAGUCCAGCAGCACCACAGGCAUGGUGGUGGGCAUCGUAGCUGCUGCCGCCCUGUGCAUCCUAAUCCUGCUCUACGCCAUGUACAAGUACCGCAACCGAGACGAGGGGUCCUAUCAGGUAGACCAGAGUCGCAACUACAUCAGUAACUCAGCCACGCAGAGCAACGGGGCACUGGUGAAGGAAAAACAACCCAACACUGCCAAGACAGUCACCAAGAACAAGAAAAACAAAGACAAGGAGUACUACGUCUGAGGAAGCGCUGCCGUCACCUGCAGACAAGCAGCCCUUAGAAAAGGAAGGAGAUGAGAGAGAGAGGGGGAAGGAGGGAGAGAGUGGCUAGUGAACCUAAAACUCAGUAUUGUCUGGUAGUCAUUUGUAAUCCGACAUAAGAGGCAACAGAAACAAAUGCAUUGGCUUCCACGUUAGAUUCACUCCUUUAUGUACUGCCUAAAUCGAUUAGAACAUUGAUAACUGGAUGCUAGGCCUGUUUUAGGUGCAGGAAUGGCUGCUGCGUGUCUGAGAUCCCAACAACCUGGCAGAACAGGGAGGUAAAGCGGUCGUUUGUGAGUUAGCGUUAGCAAGUAACUGAGUAGUGCAGCUUAAAAAGGACAACAGUAUUAGAAUACAAAUUAUUUUCCAAAUUAGCAGGAAGUUUAUGUACGGCCACCGUACAAGUUCAGCUCAUCACAUCUGAUCUCCCUCUUCUGCAAAAGUCUCUCUCUCUCCCUCUCAUCUGCCGUCUCUCUCCUUGUCUACGGUGCUCAGCGACCGACGCAACGUGAACUCUGCCGUGUUUCAAGCAUGUAGUAUUCAUUUAUGAAAGAGAUUCAAAAACUGUUUUUCUUUUUGUGGAGUUGAAACUAAAAAAGCUAAAAAAAAAACAUAUAAAAUGACGAUUGAUGAUAAUUACGUUAAACGUAGCAACUAUGUGAGAUGCCACCGCUCCAACCUAACCGAUGCUAACUUGUACGUUUAGCUGCCAAAAACUCGUUGAGGCCAGACCCCCUUGGUCGUCCUCUGUUCCAGCAGAUGUGUGUCGUGUGUUCUGGGGUGCCGAGGCGCCCCAAAGUGGGCCAGCAGAGAAACUGUCACCUUACAGUUACUUAUCGCUGAGUUACAGAAAAAAAUACAACUCCAGCCAACCUGAUGAACUCUGUUCUAUAUAUCUAUAAAUAUAUGUAUAGACAUUGCAGGGACGUAUGGACCUAAACGGUGAGUGAGUCUGUAAGUACGUCUGCUGACUGAAUGAAGACGGACUUUAGGGUUUCUGACAUCGGAACAGUUUCAGCACCCCGUCCCCCAGUCUGGACACCCCUCCUAACCUUCUCAUGAACAGUACGGCUGAUGAAGUACCAUGCUGUAACACUCGGUCACUUCUUUAUUUUAUGUUUAUUUUUGAAAAAAAAAGAAGACAUUUUGUGGUAAUUCUGAAGUCAUUUUUGCUUGGGUUCCACUGUGGAGAGAGGUCUUGAAGCAGACGGUGUUUUUGCCCUUCAGUGGCCUCGCUGGACUGCCGGUAGCCCACAGGCAAGGCAGACUUUGUGGGAGGAGCUCACAAGUAACAGGGCAGUUUCCUGGAAGGUGUACAACUCAACUCUAGUAUUCAAAUUUUCUCAACCCUAUUAAAAAGGUAAACUGAACCAUGAAAGAAAAUUCCUGAAACAAGUUUGUGAAAUGUCUAAAUAUUUGACUCUCGUCCCAUUACUAAGACAGAUGUGUUUUCCCUUCUAUCAUUCCUGUUUGGAGAAAAAAUGACAAAGAUUCUGGGAUACAGAAAUUCCUAUGUAUUUUAUUUUCUUGAUAAUUGAGCAAAUGCCAAUUCAGUUCUAAAGAUUUGUCAUCCCAUGUUUAUUUCAUUUAUAGUAGUUUUUUGUUCCGCGUCCAUUCCUUGUACAUCAGAUAUUACUUUCCAUGAUUUGUAGAGAAAGCCAGCUCUGCUCACCCUCGGGAUUCAUCUGUUUUAUAUCUGUUGCUGUCCGUGUGGUGAGAAAUACGACGGCAAACAUUUCCUUCCAAGGACUCCGUUGAGUUAUUCCGCUGUAACAUCUGUGUGGUUUCUCCUUUUCCAUUCCAAGCGUACUCCUCCCAGUAUCUUCCUGUUCUUUCUAAAUGUUAUUGUAAAGUGUUCCAGUGAGAUGACUCUAAAUAUGUGUACAUUAACAGAGGGAAUACACUUGGUUAUAUACUUCUUA